CUUGAGGGUGUUUUGUAUUAAAUGUUUUCUUUCUGCCUUUUAAAUCGACGCGUAAUGUAAUUUGGCACUACAUUAUGCGUGGAGUGACAUCAAAGAUCUAGCACAUUAUAUCGGGAAUAAUUUGAGAAUGGGAAAAUACAGUAAUCGCCUCUUAAUCUGAUGUAGUACUGAACUUCGACUAAUAUUUGCAAAAGAUCUCAUCCCUGAAUAUAUAAUUAAUUUAUCCACGCCUACCAUUACAAACAUCAUUAUGAAUGUUAAAACUUUGUAAGGCAUGGUCUUAUAAACGUGGGCUGCAUUGUGUUAAAACAUCACAAAAAUCCUGAGAACAAAAUGGCAUCAGGAAUUAUAUCUUUAGUAUGUCUGGGGUGUCUCACAUGCUAUUAUGAAGUGAUUCAUCAAGAUUCAUCACUUUAUCUCCAAACUUAAGCUAGACUCCAAUGUUGGUUGGAGUGGAUGGUUCAACAUGUUGUAUUAACUCGGAUACCAUUCUCCGUGAUGUGGAUCAUUUUUACUUCUUCAUUAGAAGCGAAACCCACAGCAAACUACAGAAUUGUGGACUACAAUCCCCAAGAUGCACUGGGAACUGUGGCAUUGAGAAAGUGACCUUUGAAAAAGGAGAAGUAGGUAGUGCACAGUACUUUCCUGGCUGCUGCUGGAGAAGAUAGAAUCAGUUGGCGAGAUUGAAAGGCAUGCUCUGGACUCCAAAGGCAGAAUUUCCUAAGGAGAUCUCUGCUGACUGAACUCCUCCUCCACUUCCCCGGGAGCUUUACGUCCUUCCCCUUCUGCUCAGAUUUCAUCCACAACCGGAGAAGCAGACUUUCACUGACGUUUUCUCUGUCGACAGCUUGUUCCUGUCAAAACUACACAGCAACAAAGAAAAAACGAACAGUAUGGAGAAGGUGUGAAGGAAAGAGAUCUCCACUAGUUUCUAAUAAUGGCUGCGGAUGUUUAUAACAAGAAGGAUGUGCCGAAUGGGUCCUUGGCACCAACUGGUGGACAGCAGUCCGAGAGGUCAGAGAGUCCAACACCAGGAUUGACCCAGGGAACAGAACCAGGGGCAGGCCAAGAGGGAGCCAUAUUUGUUCACACUAGGUCAUAUGAGGACCUAACUGGUACAGACAAUACAGAAUCAGCAGCCAAGAGCCCAGGCGAGAGGGAAGAGUCUCAACGUGAUGAGCUCAAGAUAGAAGAGAUCAGCAAGGAUUUCAGUGAACUAAGCACACAACUUACUGGUAUAGCACUGGACCUGGAAGAAGAGAUAAGGCAGAACAGUGAGGGCAAUUUGGAACUCUCGCCACAAGGUUCACGUCGAGAUUCAGUCCUAUCAGGGAAAGAAGAAGAAGAUAUAACCAUGGAGGCCUGGCGUAUGCAUCAGAAGCAUGUCUUUGUUCUAAGUGAGGCAGGCAAGCCCAUAUACUCACGAUAUGGGUGUGAAGAGGCUUUGUCUACUACCAUGGGAGUAAUGAUGGCUUUGGUCUCCUUUGUAGAGGCAGAGAAGAAUGCCAUCAGAUCAAUUCAUGCAGAUGGAUACAAGGUGGUCUUUGUGCGCAAGAGUCCCUUGGUGCUUGUUGCAGUGGCUCAGACUCGACAGUCAGAGCAAGAAAUUGCUCAAGAACUCCUUUAUAUCUAUUACCAGAUAGUCAGUCUCUUGACAUUGACUCAGCUUAACCGGAUAUUCCAACAGAAGCAGAACUAUGAUCUAAGGAGACUGUUAGCAGGCUCUGAGCGUAUAACUGACAACUUGGUAGACCUGAUGGCUAGAGACCCCAGUUUUCUCAUGGGGGCAGCACGUUGCCUGCCUAUGGCUGCCGGAGUCAGGGAUGUGGUGAGUACUUGCCUUCAACAAGCCAAAGCUAAAAGCCUGGUAUUUGCCAUCUUAUUAUCAAAAAACCAAUUGGUAUCACUUGUGAGGAAAAGGGACCAAUUCCUUCAUCCAAUUGAUCUCCAUUUACUCUUUAAUCUCAUUAGCUCAUCCUCCUCAUUUAGAGAAGGAGAAGGUUGGACUCCAAUAUGCCUUCCCAAGUUCAAUUCCAAUGGUUUCUUCCACGCUCACAUUUCUUAUUUGGAACCAAAUAUUGACUUGUGCCUUGUCCUGAUUUCUACUGAUCGUGAGGACUUCUUUACUGUAUCUCACUGCAAGCAAAAGUUCCAAGAACGCCUAAAGAAGCGCGGUGUUCAUCAUGCUCUCUUGGAAGCAGUGCGUACUCCUUUCUACAGUGUCUCCCAGGUGGGAAUUCCAGACCUUCGACAUUUCAUCUACAAAUCUAAGAGUUCAGGACUUUUUACCAGCCCAGAGAUUGAAGCUCCCUACAUCACUGAGGAAGAAAAGGAAAGACUCCUGGAAUUGUAUCAGUACUUGCAUAGCCGAGCUCACAAUUCCACCCGUCCUCUCAAUAACAUCUAUUAUAUUGGAUCCAAUGAAAAUCUCCUGGCCUGGGUGACCAGUGCUUUUGAACUCUACGUGUGCUUCACCCCCCUGGGUACCAAAGCAGCAGCUGUCAGCGCUGUCAACAAGCUGAUGAAGUGGAUCCGUAAGGAGGAGGACCGGCUUUUUAUAUUGUCGCCCCAGACUUACUGACUGUUGUGACCUGGGCUGCCUGCCUUGUUCUGAAUACUCCAAAACUACUUCCUGUGUCUGCUGGGAGUAGACAUAGUCAGUUUCUCGUCCUCCUUCUCUCUCUCGCUCUCUCGCUCUCUCUCCCUUUCUGGGGAAGAUUUCCGGCCCACAGUGGAUAUGUGCAUAAGGAAGGAGUUCUCUGGGUAAAAGAGCUUUUGGCUGACAGGGUGCACACGGGUAUCAGAAGAGUCCAACAUUUCAGGGUUAGUUUCAGAUAUUGCAUCUAGAAUUGGAACAUAGACCUCCUGCCAUCCUGUAAGUAUUAUUUGAAUCUGUUUCAGCCUAAAAAUAUGUCCUUUCUACCAUUUUCUGCAUAUUUUGAGGCUAUGUUAAACAAAUCUUCUUUCCCAUAACUGAUUUUCUCUACUGACCUUUUGAACAUAGUGCCACAGGUAUUAAGUUUUCCCAUCUCUCUUAAUCUUGACUAAUUGGGGGAAGGUAGGUUGGUGGCUUAGCAAGUGCUUUCUCAUAGGAUUUUCCAUAUAAAGGCCUGAACAAAUGCACAGAAGGUGUGGCAAACAUAUAGAUAGUGAGGGAGAAAACAGUUUUAUGUCCCUUUUAUAGGAAGAUAAAAAAAAAAAUCCCAAGGAGGUUUUUUUUCUUUUUAUGACUCAAAAACAUGCUUUGCUCUUUGAGAUUAACAAAUUUAAAGAAGUUCACAGAUUAUCUUCAAAUUGCUAGUGAAGGACUGAAGUGUAGUAGCAAAGGCAAUAUAUAAGUAUUUUCAAUUAGAGGCACUCAGAUCCUCCAGUAAGUGGCAUGAACCUAGUAGUUGGAAAAUAUUUUAUAAAUUAUUUCCAUUCCUUCCUGUGAGUUUCUCCUUAGAACCCAUUUAUCUAAUGCUUAUUUUUAACUGGACCAAAUUCUUGAUUUGCAGAGUCCUGGUGAAACCAUAUCCAUGCUGUUAUAGGCUGUGUAGUCUCUUUAUUUAACAAACAAACAUACAUUCAGGGAAGAAAGGUUUGAAUCAUUGUUAAUAUGUGAAUGCUCAAGCCUAACAAUUAUUCGGGCAAGAAGAGCCAGAUUCCAUACUAGUGUUUCACUAGUGCAACUUUCAGAUGUGUGGACUUAAUUUCCCAGAAUUCCCAAGCCAUGAUGCCGGCUGGGAUCCACACAUUUUAUAGUUGCUGAGAUUGAGAAAUACUGGCUUGUAAUGUUAAAAUAGGUUAUUCCAAUUCAUGCCAAUGCAUCUGCUCCAAGAAUAAGAGAUAGCAUUGUGAAAAUGGGCACCCUAUGGUAGAAAUCUGUUUACAUCCAUUCUUCAAUUAUAGGAAUUUUGAACACAAUGGAGGUCUAAUAGCUAAAUUUGGCAUAUGGAAUCUUUUUGAAAUGAUACUGAAAUGGUGCAACCUCAGAAAUAAGUUUGCCAUUAUAUUGUGAUUUUUCAGA